AGGUAGUUCCCUGGGCCGAAACAUGGUGUCUUUGGAAUAGAAAGAGGGACUAAACCGGGGCUUAGGCCAUGGCCGUGCUGCUGGAGACCACGCUGGGGGACAUCGUCAUCGAUCUGUACACUGAGGAGAGGCCGCGAGCUUGCUUAAAUUUCCUGAAGCUCUGCAAGAUAAAAUACUACAAUUACUGUCUCAUUCACAAUGUGCAGAGAGAUUUUAUCAUACAGACUGGCGACCCUUCAGGAACAGGCAGAGGAGGCGAGUCCAUCUUUAGUAAGUUGUAUGGAGACCAGGCAUCUUAUUUUGAACCUGAGAAAGUGCCAAGGAUAAAACACAAGAAGUUUGGAACAGUGUCAAUGGUGAACAAUGGCAGUGAUCAGCAUGGAUCACAGUUCCUUAUUACUACAGGAGUGAAUCUGGAUUAUCUUGAUGGGGUUCAUACAGUGUUUGGGGAAGUAACAGAAGGAACUGAUGUGUUAAAAAGGAUUAAUGAGACAUUUGUGGAUAAAGACUUUGUUCCUUUCCAAGACAUCCGGAUAAACCAUACUGUGAUUCUGGAUGACCCUUAUGAUGACCCCCCAGGCCUUCCCAUUCCUGAUCGUUCCCCAGAACCUACAAAAGAGCAGUUGGAUAGUGGUCGUAUAGGUGCUGAUGAAGAAAUCGAUGACAACAAAGGAAAAUCACAUGAGGAAAUUGAAGAACAAUUUGCUGAGAAAGAAGCGAAGACCAGAGCUGUUCUUUUGGAAAUGGUUGGCGAUAUACCCGAUGCAGAUAUAAAACCUCCUGAAAAUGUGCUCUUUGUAUGCAAAUUGAAUCCUGUUACGACUGAUGAAGACUUAGAGAUCAUCUUUUCAAGAUUUGGAUCCAUUAAAAGUUGUGAAAUAAUACGAGACUGGAAAACUGGGGAAUCACUGUGUUACGCGUUUAUUGAGUUUGAAAAGGAGGAAGACUGCGAGAAAGCCUAUUUCAAGAUGGAUAAUGUACUUAUUGAUGACAGACGCAUUCACGUGGAUUUCAGUCAGUCUGUUGCAAAAGUAAAAUGGAAAGGAAAAGGUGGAAAAUACACCAAGGAUGAUUUCAAGGAAUAUGAGAAGGAUGCAGAAAAAUCUUCCAAACUUGCUCUGAAAGAAAAGGCUAAACCUCAACAAGACAGCAAAUAUGAGCUGGUAUUGGAUGACGAUGUAGAAGACACAAGCCAUGAUAGGCGACGUCCUACUAAGCACAAAAAAGAAAAGAAACGCCACUACUCUGAUGAUAAUGAUGAAGGUGAUAGAAGAAUGAAGAAAUCAAAGGAGGCCCACCACAGUAGAAAUGAAGAUGACUACUGUAGAGAGAAGAGGAAGAGUGAGAAGAAGGAUCACAGAAGAAGCCGUAGUCGUUCUUGGGAGCGCAAUAGCUACCACAGCUCCAAAGAUAAGUCGAGAGAAGAAACAAAGGAAAGAGACCGGGAUAGAAGAAGAGAUAGAAGUCCAAAGCAGUAUAAGGACCGAUCUAAAUAUCGAGACAGAGACUAGAAAGCAAGGAAGAUAUGUCAUUGUGUAUUAAAGCUUACAUUUUUCACAAUAAAUAUCUUCAGCAUU